AUGACGCUCACUCUGCUGCCCCAAAUGCCUGCAACUGGUCAAGAGAACGAGAGAAGCGAACCUCAAGAAGGCCCUCCAUCGACACCACAGCGUAAGAUGCCCGUUACAGGUCCAGGUAACAAGAGAGGUGAACUGCAGGGACCAUUCCCAUCGAUGCCGUCAACGCCACAACGCAAGACAACAACGUUUCUGCUGUCGCCUAGCACCGUCACAUAUUCCACUUCUAGUCAGGAAGACAAUCAGGAAGAGAACAAGACGUCUCAGGAAUUGAUCAGUCCGUUAUCUCCACCUUCCACCCCGGCUAUCCGCGACUGGGAAUUGGACUUCAACCACGUCACGCCAGAGCGUUCAGGCUUCCAGGAACGCGCGCUGAGAGACCUACACGUGGGUUCGUUGAGCGACGUCACAGUGGAAUGCGAGGGCCACACCUGGCAGGCACACAUGGCAGUUUUGGCGGCGGACUCGCGCAAGUUCUAUCGCGCCUUCAUGUACGGAGCUCCGGAAUUUGACCAGAAGACACGGACGUACCACUGGACUGGCCCAGGAGGCCACGCGACGUGCGAUGCGUAUCUGCGAUUCCUCUACACGGGAGUCUUAAGCGGACCUUUGGAGUCGGCAGAUUUCGUGCCUGAAGUUACAGAGACGACACACACGAGCUUGAUGAAAAAUCGGUGCUUGGAGGAUUGA